GCCAGCAGCACCGCGGCAAGGGAACGAGCGUCAUCGUGCGCGUCUUUAACUUUGGUGCGUUGCUACAGUGGAGACUUGGUGACUUUUGCUUCAUUUUGGCUCCAUUUUCACUUUCUCUUCUUCUGCUUCCAACUCGACUGAGUCCUUGGACGUGAGUGGCCCUGGUCCGACCUGACGAGCGGCAGAGAGACUGACACCAGAGCGGCCCUGAAACGAUCCCGACAUCUUUGUUAGCCAGCAGCCAUGUUGAUCGUCCUAGUCCUCAUCAUGCUCUUCCACGUGGCCGCGGCCGUCCUGCUCUUUGUUGCCACCAUACAUAACGCAUGGUGGCUGGUGUCUCCACCGGGACGCGACGUGAUCUACUCUGACCUGUGGUACUCCUGCAACGCCACCUGCUACCCCGUGGAGAAGAGCCACACCCCUGACGCAGCCUACCUGCAGACCGUGCAGGCCACCAUGAUCCUGGCCACCAUUUUAUGCUGCGUCAGCUUCUUUCUCUUCAUCCUUCAGCUCUUCAGGCUCCAGCAAGGAGAGAGAUUCAUCUUCACGGCUAUUAUUCAGAUUUUGGCCUCCGUGUGCGUGAUGAUCGCGGCGUCCAUCUACACCACUCAGCACAAGUCCUUCCACGUGAGCAGUCUCCGCGACGGCUCCUACGGCUCCUCCUACAUCUUGGCCUGGGUCAGCUUCCCCAUGACGCUCCUCAGCGGCGUCAUGUACCUGGUGCUCAGGAAACGCAAGUAGGCGCCGCCCGGCGUCGGCGCGCACGAGCGGGAACACUUGGACGCCGCUCAUCGGGGGAAACGUUGCCGUAUCGACGCCGUGACGUAGACAACAUGGCGGCCUCUGUUGUUUUCAUUUCAGACGCGUUCGACCUCGCUUUUUAGCGCCAGCUGUUGCGCCAAUUUGCAUUUAAGGUUGGGCACUGCAGUCAGCUAGAGAUCCUACUCCGCCAAAGUCCAGUUUGCAUUAAAGAUAUAAUAAUAAUAAUAAUAAUACCAGGGCGCUGUGUGUAGGGCCCCGCAAUCCCAUGUCAAAUGAAAUUGGAACAUAUUCCUAGCCCCUUCCUGCUAGGUCACUGAUAACAAUGUACAGUCGUACCUCAAUUUACCAGCUUAAAUGCUUCAAUCAGAGUCAAAAUCGAGUUUAUUUGCCAAGUAUGUUUACAUUUGACUUGUUCGUAAUGCUAACGACGCUAGUUUGAUUACAAUACGAUAGCCAGGGGCGCCGGAAAGGGGGGGUAAAGGAGACGGAUUCUAGGGGCCCACGAUGGAGGGGGGCCCAGAGAGGCCCCUAAUGAUGAUGAAAUCCCUAGCGGCGCCCCUGACGAUAGCACAUACAAAUAUGCACGAACAUACUCCUACAGACGUCACACAUGGGACGCUUUAGCACAGGGUCCCCAAACUACGACCAGCUAGCGUCGAAAAUUCGGCCCUCCGGAAGUCGCAAAUUAAAAAAAAAAAAAUAUAUAUAUAUAUAUACUUUUUUUUUUAUCUGUCCUUUCCAGCCCAUCCAUCAUAAAUAUAUAUAUAUAUAUAUAUAUAUAUAUAUA